CGAGGACGACCAGCGGCUUGUGUGCUUGGUGUGCAGGGAGUCCCAGGAGCACCAGGCCCAUACCAUGGCCCCCAUCGACGAGGCCUUCGAGAGCUACCGGAUUUUAGCUUGAAGACCUUCCUUGAUCAUCCUUUCCAGAGUAGCCCCACCCCUUCCAUUACUGACGGUGUCACUCCAGUGGUCUCCAUCUGAAUUGGUAUCUAGAAAAACUUCUGAAGACUCAGCGUAGUCUGACAGCCAAGAUGAAGAAAGCCCUGCAUAUCCAGGAAUUGGAAGUGAAGAAUGCUACAGAGUGGAAGGAGAAAAUGAAGAAUCAGCGAAUGAGAUUCAGCGCCGAGUUUGCAAAGCUGCACCUCUUCCUGGCUGAAGAGGAGCAGUUGUUUCUCCAGAGACUGAGCAAAGAAGAAGAGGAGACAAAGAGGAAGCAUAAAGAGAACACAGUAAGGCUCAAUCAGAUGAUCAUCUCCUUAAAGAAGCUCGUCUUAGAGGUGGCGGAGAAGAGCCAGAGCUCCAGCCUGGAGCUGCUCCAGAAUCCAAAAGAUGUGUUGACCAGGAGUGAGAACCAGGAUGUGAACUAUUCCUUUGAAGUUCUGAAAGUGCAGACUCUGUGCCAGCUACCGAUGAUGAAGGAAAUGCUGAAGCGAUUCCAAGUGGCUGUAAAUGUGGCCGAGGACACAGCUCACCCCAAACUCGUCUUCUCCCAGGAAGGCAAGUAUGUGAAAAACGGAGCGUCAGCCAGUUCCUGGCCGUUACUUUCUACAGCGUGGAGCUACGUUACUGGCUGGAGGAAUCCUCAGAAGACCACAGGCUUUGUGGAGAGAUUUCAGCACCUACCCUGUGUUUUGGGGAAAACUGUUUUCACUUCAGGGAAGCACUACUGGGAAGUGGAGAGCCGAGAUGGCCUGGAGAUUGCUGUGGGGGUGUGUCGGGAAGACGUCAUGGGGAUUACCGAUGGCUCCAGAAUGUCCCCCGAGCUGGGGAUCUGGGCCCUUUGUUGGAGUUCUGCUGGCUUUCGGCCCCUGACGAGCUCCCCUGUAAGUCCCACCAAGCCAGAGCCCGCUCUUCACCGGGUGGGAGUCUUCCUCGAUCACGGGGCCGGGGAGAUCUCCUUCUACAAUGCUGCGGACGGCGCGCACCUGCACACUUUCUCCUGUCCUGUGUCCCGCCUCCGGCCAUUCUUCUGGUUGAGCCCGUUGGCCUCUUUAGUCCUCCCGCCAGUGACUGGUGGGAAAUGAGGCUGUGUUUCUCUGCCCAGGAAUCCUUCCCUUACACCCCAGGCCCGGGACACACACCCUUCACCUGCUCCAUGUCGAUCCUGGCUGGUACGUGAGUACCAGCCACUCAGAUUCCGACGUCACGCUUUGUUCAGCUCCCUGGACGCCCUGUGCACAGACAUAAAAGACCCUGCUGCUUACCUUUCCGCUAGCCACCUGUAUUACUGAGAAAAAGGUUUUUUCUUACUCUACCCAUCUGAUUAAUAAUCCUUUGUCUCUUUUCUGGGUCUUCAUAUUGGACCCUCUCUUACCUUCUUAGGUGUGAGAUGGGAUCCAUUUGUUAAAAAUAAACUUCAGAUGCUUCUGAUGCACAAACAAGACAGAAUAAACUUGCCACAGUCAGUUUCUUAUUUUA